CCGGCCCGCCCGCCCGCCCGCCGCCUCGCGCGGCUUCCCUCCCACCUCCCUCAGCCCCGCACCCUCCAGGCCCCGCCUCGCCCUGCUCCGCGCCGGGUCUUCGGCUGCAGCCGCCGUGUGGGUCCGCGGGCGGGCAAACUGCGUGUUGCUGCGUCAUCGGCAGUGGCCGGUUUGAAUGAGACUCGUCGCACCCGUGCUGCCGCCACCACCGCGCCUCCGCCUCGGUCGCCGCCGCCACAGCUUCAUCGCGUCCCUUUCCCUUCGACGCCCUUGCCAGGCCCAGCCUUCCUGCACCGCCGCCGCCGCCGCCGCCGCCGCCUCUCGAGCCGCCAUGCCGCUUUAUUCCGUUACCGUGAAAUGGGGAAAGGAAAAAUUUGAAGGUGUAGAAUUGAACACUGAUGAACCUCCAAUGGUGUUUAAGGCUCAGCUUUUUGCACUGACUGGAGUCCAACCGGCCAGACAGAAAGUUAUGGUGAAAGGAGGAACAUUGAAGGAUGAUGAUUGGGGAAACCUCAAAAUAAAAAAUGGAAUGACUCUACUAAUGAUGGGGUCAGCAGAUGCUCUUCCUGAGGAACCCUCAGCUAAAACUGUCUUUGUAGAAGACAUGACAGAGGAACAGUUAGCAUCUGCGAUGGAAUUACCAUGUGGAUUGACAAACCUUGGUAACACUUGUUACAUGAAUGCUACAGUUCAGUGUAUUCGUUCUGUGCCUGAACUCAAAGAUGCCCUUAAAAGGUAUGCAGGUGCCUUGAGAGCUUCAGGGGAAAUGGCUUCAGCACAGUAUAUUACUGCAGCCCUUAGAGAUUUGUUUGAUUCCAUGGAUAAAACUUCUUCUAGUAUUCCACCUAUUAUUCUACUGCAGUUUUUGCACAUGGCUUUUCCACAGUUUGCGGAGAAGGGUGAACAAGGACAAUAUCUUCAACAGGAUGCUAAUGAAUGUUGGAUACAAAUGAUGCGAGUAUUGCAACAGAAAUUGGAAGCCAUAGAGGAUGAUUCUGUUAAAGAGACAGAUUCUUCAUCUGCAUCAGCAGUGACACCAUCUAAAAAGAAAAGUUUAAUUGAUCAGUUCUUCGGAGUUGAGUUUGAAACUACCAUGAAAUGUACAGAAUCCGAAGAAGAAGAGGUUACUAAAGGAAAGGAAAAUCAGCUUCAGCUUAGCUGUUUUAUCAAUCAAGAAGUCAAGUAUCUUUUUACAGGACUUAAAUUGCGACUCCAGGAAGAAAUAACUAAGCAGUCUCCAACAUUGCAAAGAAAUGCUUUAUAUAUCAAAUCUUCCAAGAUCAGCCGACUACCUGCUUACUUGACUAUUCAGAUGGUUCGAUUUUUUUAUAAAGAGAAGGAAUCUGUGAAUGCUAAAGUUCUUAAGGAUGUUAAAUUUCCUCUUAUGUUGGAUGUGUAUGAACUGUGUACACCAGAACUUCAGGAGAAAAUGGUCUCUUUUCGAUCAAAAUUUAAGGAUCUAGAAGAUAAAAAAGUGAAUCAGCAGCCAAAGACAAGUGACAAAAAGAGUAGUCCCCAGAAAGAAGUUAAAUAUGAGCCUUUCUCUUUUGCUGAUGACAUUGGCUCCAAUAACUGUGGAUACUAUGACUUACAAGCAGUGUUAACACAUCAAGGAAGGUCUAGCUCUUCAGGCCAUUACGUAUCAUGGGUGAAAAGGAAACAAGAUGAAUGGAUUAAGUUUGAUGAUGAUAAGGUCAGCAUCGUGACACCAGAGGAUAUCUUGCGGCUUUCUGGUGGUGGAGACUGGCAUAUAGCAUAUGUUUUACUCUAUGGGCCUCGCAGAGUUGAAAUAAUGGAAGAGGAAAGUGAACAGUAAUCUUCAUUUUAGCUAUUUAUGUUUAGGUGUGAAAUAAAUGUUAUUUGUUGACCAUUUGUGUAAUCCAGAGCUGUAGAGGAAGAUAUUUAGGUGGUUUUAUGUGUUUCCCCUCUCAUGUGGAACAAAAGAGGGCAAAGCAGACCACUAGUGGAUCAACCUAAAAAAAAAUUACAGAAAAAAGAAAAUUGCCUUUGGACUGUGCUGCCCUGUUAAGGGUUGCAGGAAGACAUUUUUAAAAAGCUUAUUUCUUGCAUUAAUUUUUAAAAAUUCUGAUUUGAAAUGCCUUUCACCUUCUGUGAUAAAUUUUUCUCCGACUUUUUCAGCCCAGGGUUCAGCAAUCAGAUGUUUAUUGCACACCUAUUACUCUUGUUUUGUUGUUGUUCUUGCAUGGUUCAAACCACCGGUGAUUCAUAGCUGCCCAUCCUUUGCCUUAUCUAACAAAAAUUUUGCCAGGAUGUGGAAAGGAAGUAAGUGUUGCUCUCAUUGUGUUACUCAGUGCUGCUGCCUACAUCCCAUGGAAACAUGGGUACAAUCAAGUAUUUGUCCAGCCUGACUGUUGCUGGCUUUUCAUGACUUUAAAAUAAAUUGUGAUCAGUAAUAGUACAUUUGAUUAUA